GCGUACCUAUACUUAUCCAGCCAGCCAAUGAUACCCCGUAGACGCGCGCUUAGUUCAUUCCAACUAUACUUGGCUGCCUAACCUAUACAGGCUUAGCUUGAAUAUCAUAUCGCUGGAUGUACUCAGGUAUUUCGUACAUGUAAUUUCGACAUUGCAGGUAAUCAAUUAAUCAAUCAAUUAAUCAAUCACUCCAACCCCGAAUCACAAGACGCAUCAUUGGCCAACCCCUUCUGAAACAUUCCAUACCUCCCUCAAAGCUCUCUCACGGGCUAACGUUUGCUUUCCCACUUAACUUGACCUAACUUAACCUAAUCUAACCUAUUACGACUCAAAUAACCACCCACCAUGUACCAUCUCGCCAAGUCGCUGUACCUGCUCGCGCGGCGGCGGGAGGAAUACUCCGUGAUACUCCUAGGGCUAGACAACGCGGGCAAGACGACGUUCCACGAGCAGGCCAAAUCGCUCUUCCUGCCCGAGCACCCAGACCCCAAGCUCAAGACCGUGCCGACGGUAGGCCAGAACGUGUCCACCCUCUCCCUGCCCGACAUGUACCUCAAGAUCUGGGACGUGGGCGGCCAGAUGACCCUGCGCAAGCUGUGGCAGAGCUACUACGCCAGCUGCCACGCCAUCGUCUUCAUCAUCGACAGCACCGACAUCGGCGACGGCUCUCUCGAGCACGACGGCUCCGGCCGCCUCGACGAGUGCCGCCUCGUGCUCGAGGACGUGCUGCAGAAUUCCGAGACGGAGGGCGUCCCGCUUCUGAUACUGGCGAAUAAGCAGGAUCGCGAGGAUUGCGUCGAGGUCGUGCGCAUAAAGGAGGGCUUGGUGAAGAAGGUGUUCGAGGGCGAGAAGGCGUCGAGUAUACGCGAUUCUAGGGUGCUGCCCGUGAGCGCUCUGACGGGCACGGGCGUGAGGGAAGCGAUUGAUUGGGUUAGGUCGAGGGUGAAAUGGAAUAAAGAGUCAAGACCGCCAGUGAUGAGGUGAGGGGAGGUAAGGAAAGGAAAGGAAAGGCUCUAAAUAACGUCGCGCUAUUCAGGUAAAAGUGGCCUUGGGUUGGUUUGCAUUCAGCGUCAUGGAA